AUGAACGAUAUUUCAUCCAAUUUGUACAUUAUAAAAAACUUUUCUGACAAUGUUCAAGCAGAUAAACUCACUAAAAAUGUAAUUAACACAUUUUCAUCACCAUCGUCAAAAAUAGCGGUGGACUGGCUAUCAAAGAAUAUUUAUCAUUUGGAUCCAUCAUACAACUGGAUUACUGUACAACCAAUUAAGGGUGUCGGUGGUUCAAACAGGAAAACGGUGGUAGAUGGUCUACUUUCACCGAAAUCCAUCGCUGUUGAUCCACUUAAUGGUGAUAUUGUCGUAGAUGAAACAGAGAGGCGGAUCUUUUGGUUGGAUAUUGGAAGAGAAACUCUGGAGACGUGUGGAUAUGACGGGUCAGACAGGAGAGUGUUGAAGAGAUCUCCGUCUUUACUGAUGUCCAUGAGUGGUCUUACAUUGUACCAAAACAUCGUUUGUGUUACUAUACAGUUUGCUUACCUGGUGGAAUGCAUAAAUAAACAAACAGGACAGACUGUCUGGCAACAUUUGUUUCAAUGGCCGAAGGAUGGCAAGUUCGAAUACAAGGUCCCCCAGGCACUGAGGUUUAUAAAAGACAAGGACCAAGGCAAUGAAACACGCCUGUGUGUGGAUUGGUUAAACAAUAACAUCUACUGGGCAGAGAGGAAAACAGGCCUGAUUAUGUUUAUAAAUGAAAGGUUUCCAAUGGAGAUGCCAGUUUUUCAGAACAUUGACCAUCCAUCUGCACUUGCUAUAAAUCCCCUGAACAGGCUAUGGUGGGUUGAUAUAGAUGGUGUAUACUCCAUGGAUCUGGAAACCAAUGAGAUACAAUUAUAUACUUCAUAUAACAUCAUUUCAUUUACAAAAUACAAGGACUAUCUCUUGCUAUUGAAAAACCAGGGCGAAGUUCGCAUAACUAACAUUAAUUCACCAGGAAUCCACAGACAUUUAGAUGUGCCGUAUUUAUUUACUAAUGCCAUUGUUUACGAUCAAUCUGAACAACCAAUUGCUAAAGUUCCACUGCAGAGCGACUUUGUGUUGACUGUUGACUUUACGCACGCUACCAUUUUUCAAGUGUCAAUGGCCGAUGCUAAUAUUGUUGCAAUAGACGUAAAUGAGACAAUUCGGCCAGUGAACGCAAUCUUCCACCCUCCCAACCGCAAUUUGAUCUACUCUGAUGCGAUGUACCGCGAGAUUAGACAAUUGUCGAUGUCAGGUCGUGAGUCAGUCGCUCUGACUAAUACAGGUCUAUUUGAACCUCAAGCCCUGGUGAUGGACCCGUCUACUGGUCAUCUCAUAUACUCAGCCGUCAGUACCAAGUCCUAUAUUGGAAUACUAAAUAUAGAAACAAGGGAGAGAAAAACGGUAGUACCGGGAUUAACCUCUGUCUACAACAUAGCAAUACAUCCACAAAAAGGGUAUUUGUUUUGGUCGGACCUGGUUUACUCAGCUUCAUAUAUAGGGAGAUCCUACAUGGAUGGGUCAGCGAUGAUCAAUCUCAUUUACAAAGACAUUUCACAACCGAACAGUUUGACGCUGGAUUACAAAAAUAAUUUCCUCUACUGGACCGAUGGGGAUUUAGGUACAAUAAAUUAUUGUGAUCUGGACGGCAAAAACAGGGGUAUUUUACUCCAAGACAGGAAACAGAAGUUCAGACAUUUCGACAUCAGUGGAGACCAUAUUUAUUACACUGCCUUAGAUGACCAGAAAAUAACAAAAGCGUCACUUUCAAAUGCUAAGGAGAUAGCAUGGAUGAAUUAUUCUGCAGAGUUUGGAAAACUUCAGUCUUUGCAAGUAUAUGGAGAAGAAGUAAUACCAGUGCAUAGUGUAUGUUCUGUUUCUAAUGGCCGCUGCAGCACGUUUUGUUUACCAACAGCCAAAGGUCGCAAAUGCGCAUGCCCAGAUGGUGUGGACCUUCAGAAAGAUAAACGAACUUGUGAAGGAGUUGUUAAGUGUCCAGAAGUUAUUCCUAAUGGAAAAGUAAAUCCGGAUUGUGCACCAUACAUUGGUAUUAAGUGCACGUACACGUGUAAUUCUGGCUUUCGGCCAACGAUGUCGGCAAUUUUAUGUCAAGGAACAUGGAACAUAUCAUCUCUGGAUCAACUUUGUGUGGAGGUGCCGACUCAGCGCCCAAUGACAGACCCGACCAAUGACGGGGCGAUUGCAGGAGGGAUCGUCGCGGCCAGUCUAGCGGUCACUAUUGUGCUGGUUCUCAUCAUAAUAUUCCUGUGCCGAAGAGCCAGUGAUUCCCCAGCCCCCGAUUCUGGUGCCAUUCACUAUAUCAACGGAGGACACGUGAACCGGAACGGUGUUAACGGAACAAGGAAAGGGUCAAGGGUCAUUAUAGAGGAAGUGCCCUCCAAUAACCAUUCCAAUACCUGAAAAAUAGAUCCCACUGUUGAACUCCUGGAGAGAUCAAGUAAUUAAAUUUGAGAAGUGCCCAGAAAACAAGAAAUUGCGGUCUUUAAGGUGGCCUUGUUUUUCCAUCUGAUGUGACAUGAAUUUAAUUUAAA